AUGUCCACAAAAAAGGUUUCGUACUUUUACAAUCCCGAUGUGGGCAACUUUCAUUAUGGUACCGGUCACCCAAUGAAGCCCCAUCGUCUCUCUGUGAUACAUAGUUUAGUUUUAAAUUACGGCUUACACAACAAAAUGCAAAUAUACAGGCCGUACAAGGCUAGUGCGCACGACAUGUGUCGAUUCCACUCGGACGAAUACAUAGAUUUCCUCCAGCGUGUCACCCCGCAGAACAUACAGGCGUUCACGAAACAUCUAAGUCACUACAAUGUCGGCGACGAUUGCCCCGUAUUCUACGGUCUGUUCGAUUUUUGCUCGAUGUACACGGGCGCCUCGCUCGAGGGCGCCGUCAAGCUGAACAACAGCCACUGCGACAUCGCGAUCAACUGGUCGGGCGGUCUGCACCAUGCGAAAAAGUUCGAGGCGUCCGGCUUCUGCUACGUAAACGACAUCGUGAUCGGAAUUCUCGAACUGCUCAAGUAUCACGCUCGCGUUUUGUACAUCGACAUCGACGUCCAUCACGGCGACGGCGUUCAGGAGGCGUUCUAUCUGACCGAUCGCGUCAUGACCGUCAGCUUUCACAAGUACGGCAACUACUUCUUUCCCGGCACGGGGGACAUGUACGAGAUCGGCGCGGAAAGCGGCCGUUACUAUUCCGUAAAUGUACCCCUCAAGGAGGGCAUCGACGACGCGAGCUACUGGCAAAUAUUUAAGCCGGUCAUCUCUCACGUAAUGGAAUUUUUUCAACCGACCGCUAUCGUGCUGCAGUGCGGGGCCGACUCCCUCGCAAAUGACAGGCUCGGCUGCUUCUCAUUGAGCACGAAGGGACACGGGGAGUGCGUCAAAUUUGUGCGGGAUCUAAACGUACCCACUUUAGUUGUCGGUGGCGGCGGUUACACCCUGAGGAACGUCGCGCGAUGUUGGACUUACGAAACCUCCCUAUUAGUCGACGAGGAAAUUUCGAACGAGCUACCGUACACCGAGUACUUAGAAUUUUUCGCCCCCGACUUUACGCUUCAUCCGGAGGUCGUGACGCGACAGGAGAAUGCGAACAGUCGACAAUACUUGGAGGCGAUUACCAAGUACGUGUUCGAUAAUUUAAAAAUGUGUCAGCACUCGCCCAGCGUUCAAGUGCACGAUGUUCCCGGCGAUGCGAUAUCGGAAGGUGAUAAGAUGAAAGACGAGGAAGAUCCCGAUGUUCGGAUAAGUCAGGAGUUGGACGACAAAAUGGUGGCUGUUAAAAAUGAAUUUUACGAGGGGGAUAAAGAUCAAGACAAGGAGGAGAUUGAAGUGUAGUUUUAAAUUAUUCGUGUAUUAAUUUUUAUAAGUACAACUCGUAUGUAGGGUA